ACCAUGGCACCCAAGAAGCGCAUUCUGGGGGAAACAUCCAGCGCCAGGUGCAAUAUUGCCGCCUCCCCAGCAGCAGCUGCUGCUGCCUCAUCGAAGAAACAAAAGACGGAACAUUUUUCCUCCUCUCCAGCCCCUCGGUUCGCGAGCUCGCAGGCAACCAAGCUCGCCUCCAGCCAGGUGAAGAGUAGUUUCGAGGCUGAGGUCCUCGAGAAGAUUGGCCAGGAGAUCUCAGAACGCAAGCAGAGCAGCGCCGAGAAGGACCAGUCAUGGGCGCGUCCACCUGUUCCGGAGGACUUCUCUCCCGCAACCUCCAGUCUCUGCUUCCAGCAGAUCGAUGCUGAGGAGGGCACGCUUCAUGGCGGCAAUCCUACCGUGAAGCUCUUCGGCGUGACAGCGGAGGGCAACUCUGUGAUGCUUCAUGUUCAGGGAUUCAAGCACUACCUCUACGUUGCAGCGCCUGCUGGUUUCUCGCCCCAAGACUGCACGUCAUUUCGGACCUACCUCGAGACUGUGGUCGGCCAACACCAACCUGUCAUUCACUCUGUGCAGAUGGUCAUGCGGGAGAACAUCUAUGGUUUCCAGAACAAUACUCAGAAUCCCUUCCUAAAGAUCACUGUCACCGACCCCAAGUUCAUUAACAAGGUCCGUACAACGAUCCAGUCUUGCAAUGCAAACUGGAAGGGACUCUGGAAGUCUCCUGACGGCCAGAUCCUUACCUUCGACAACAUCCAAUAUCUAUUGAGGUUCAUGGUGGACUGCAAGAUUUUUGGCAUGUCCUGGGUCGAAGCCAAAGCUGGCAGGUACAAGCUCAUUCCCGAACGCGAGCGACAAUCGAACUGCCAGAUCGAAGCAGAAUGCAGCUAUCUUGACCUGAUAGCCCACGAGCCCGUUGGAGAGUGGUCCAAGAUGGCUCCGCUGAGAGUCAUGUCUUUUGAUAUCGAGUGCGCUGGCCGCAAGGGCAUCUUCCCCGAAGCCAACCACGACCCUGUCAUCCAGAUCGCAAACGUCGUCGCGAGAUACGGAGAGAAGAAGCCAUUCAUACGAAAUGUCUUCUGUCUUGAUACUACAAGCUCAAUCGUCGCGACUCAUGUUCUGGAAUUUGCGAAAGAGGAGGACAUGUUGAUGUCGUGGAGAGACUUCCUUGAAAAGGUGGACCCGGACAUCAUCACCGGCUACAACAUUUCAAACUUUGAUUUCCCCUACCUUCUCGACCGUGCGAAACAUCUCAAGGCCAGGGGUUUCGAAUACUGGUCCAGAAUUUCGUCCAUGAAAUCCGUAUCCAAAGACACGAACUUCUCCAGCAAGCAGAUGGGCAACCGUGAUACAAAGGCAACCAAUACCAACGGCCGUCUUCAGCUAGAUCUGCUACAGCUGAUUCAGCGUGAUCACAACCUCCGAAGCUACACACUGAACUCGGUCUCCUCCAACUUUCUCGGGGAGCAAAAGGAGGACGUACACCACACCAUGAUCACAGAGCUGUUCAACGGCACGCCAGAGUCCCGCCGGCGUCUAGCCAUAUACUGCUUGAAGGAUGCUUACCUGCCGUUGAGGUUGAUGGAGAAGCUCUCAUGUCUGGAAAACUACACCGAGAUGGCAAGAGUUACGGGUGUGCCGUUCAAUUUCCUGCUCUCUCGUGGCCAGCAGGUCAAGUUCAUAAGUCAGCUGUUCCGCAAGGCGCUGGAGCAGAAGCUUGUCAUCCCAGACAUCAAGAACGAAGGCGGCGACGACCAAUACGAAGGAGCCACUGUCAUUGAGCCGACCCGUGGGUAUUACGACGUGCCAAUUGCGACUCUUGAUUUUGCCUCUCUGUAUCCCAGCAUCAUUCAGGCACACAACUUGUGCUACACGACGCUCGUGUCCAAGAAGGCUGUCGAGGCAUUCAAGCUCCAGAAGGAUGAGGACUACAUUGUGACGCCGAACGGAGACAUGUUUGUGACUGCGAAACAGAGGAAAGGUCUCUUGGCUCAAAUUCUGGAGGAACUGCUCAGCGCAAGAAAACAAGCCAAGAGAGAGAUGGGCGCAGAGACGGACCCCUUCAAGAAGGCUGUGUUGAAUGGUCGUCAGCUGGCCUUGAAGAUCAGUGCCAACUCUGUCUACGGUCUCACUGGUGCCAGCAAUGGAAAACUCCCCUGUCUAGAGAUUGCCAGCAGCACCACGAGCUUUGGCCGUCAGAUGAUCGAGAAGACCAAGAACGAGGUGGAGGCUCGAUAUAAUAUCGCCAACGGCUAUUCUCAUGAUGCUCAGGUCAUCUACGGUGACACUGACUCGGUCAUGGUGAAAUUCGGCACGACAGAGCUUGCUGAAGCCAUGAAGCUGGGCGAGGAGGCGGCAAAUUACGUGUCGUCCAAGUUUGUGAAGCCCAUCAAGCUCGAGUUCGAGAAGGUCUACUAUCCGUACCUGCUGAUCAACAAGAAGCGUUACGCCGGCCUGUACUGGACGAGGCCAGAGAAGUACGACAAGAUGGACACCAAAGGAAUCGAGACGGUCCGGCGUGACAAUUGUCUCCUGGUCCAGACCGUCAUCGAGAAGGUUCUCAGGAUGAUCCUGAUCGACCGCGAUGUCCCGGGAGCUCAAGACUACGUCAAGGAUACCAUUUCCGAGCUGCUACAGAACAAGGUGGAUAUGUCGAAGCUGGUGAUCACGAAAGCCCUCACCAAGGAUGACUACACGGCAAAACAGGCUCACGUCGAGCUGGCCCAGCGCAUGAAGAAGCGCGACCCGGGCUCAGCUCCCGGCCUGGGCGACCGUGUGGCAUACGUGAUGGUCAAGGGCGCAGCAGGGUCCAAGAACUUUGAGAACUCCGAGGACCCCAUCUACGUGCUUGAGCACAACGUCCCCAUCGAUACCAAGUACUAUCUUGAGAACCAGCUGGCAAAGCCCCUGGGGCGUAUCUUCGAGCCCAUCCUGGGCGAGACAAAAGCCAAGUCGCUCCUGGCUGGGGCGCACACCCGGUCGAUUACGAUGGCAGCGCCCACGACCGGCGGGUUGAUGAAGUUUACCAAGAAGACGCAAACGUGCAUGGGAUGCAAGAAGCCACUCACCGGCAAAGAGGAGUCCCAAGGCGCGGUGUGUUCCAAUGACGCGCCACGCGUGGGUGAGUUAUACAAGAAGACGCUGGACAAGGUGUCAGACCUGGAAGUGCGCUUUGGGCGGCUAUGGACGCAGUGUCAGCGGUGCCAAGGCAGCAUGCACUGCGAGGUGAUCUGCAGCAGCAAGGACUGCCCAAUCUUCUAUAUGAGGAUGAAGGCAAAGAAGGACCUGGAGGAUGCGAACAAGGAGCUGCAGAGGUUUGACCACGACCAGGCUGCGAUCUGGUAAUAAUGGUGUGCGCGCGGAGCAUUGUUUGUUUACUUUGGCGUUGGACAAAAUCAAUAGGGCGUCUCGGCGUUCGGGUAGGCCCGAGCCACCCAUAACAGCACAGUUGAAUACAUUCCCGACUAUGAAGUCUGGUCAUAACC